AUGCAGCGUGAACGAUUGAGCGUCGCAAUGCCGGAGUGCUUCCGGUGUCACAUCACUGCCAAGGUAGGCAAGCCACUGGGCAAAAGUAGAACGAGCGUUGGUAAGCCAACCGAGCUCACAGUGGCCACAUACAGAUACUACUUUCGGGUCGUGUCUGCACUGGUCGUCGACACAGUCACGACUGCCGUCGCCAAAUACCAUGCUGACGCGUCGAACUCGAAGCUAGUGUGGGACCCAGAAGGUCCAAAGGAGGUGUAUGUAAAGGUUGCGGCCAACACAACGCAAGACAAGUACAUUAAACUGACGCUGCUCAACUACAACGACGUUGUGCGGCAAGUGUGGAACAAUACAAGCAAGGUGCGCAAUGCCCAAGUAUCGUUCACAUUGCUGCUGUUCAUUUACAUCGAAAAGGAUACCAGCACUGCGAUUCGACGUGCAACUUCCAACAACCUGGUGACUGCGGCAGCCCGAGUUGCGGGUUAUAUUGAAUACCAGAGUAUUGUGCUGGGCCCACUGCAGACCGACUACGCAACCGUUGUGACGGCAAGGUUGCCUGCGACCGCCCCUGUGGAAAUACCUGCGAACGCAACAAUGCAACAACUCGGUCAUAUUGACCUCAUGGCCUCUCGUCAUGCAGACGAGCGCCGGCGCGAAAUAAAUGCCGAAGCCACAGAUACAUACCGUAGCAAUUAA